AUGUCGCUCAAGCCGCUCACACCACCGCUGCGUUUCUCGACGGUCGCUUUUGCGUGUACGGAUCAGCCGCAACCACCAUGGCAGGCCAGUGCCGCUGUCGAUGAUACCGACCCUCGCUCGCAUCCGCACCAUCGCGAAUCAGUGUAUCGCGGAGCAUAUCCCAAAGCUAGAAAUUUGUCCUUUCUCUCUCGAUUACAUCUGCGCACGGUCCUCAGUCUCACUCCAAGACCGCUCGAUAAUGACGUUGCCAUUUUGGAAUGGGCGUCAUCCACAGAUUCAUUGCCGUCUUCCUCGCUAACCACCGUGGCAGGCAAGGCGUCCAAACUCGGCAUUCAGCUCUUUCAUGUGCGUUGCGAGAAGCCAAAAGAGGAGAGCGGAGGUCUGACCCGCGAAGGCGCUGCUCGAGCUCUUUCCAUCCUGCUGGAUCGACGCAAUCAUCCCAUCUACAUUCAUUGUUUGGAUGGCGUCGAAGUGACCAGCACUCUUGUGGCUUGUCUGCGCAAAGUGCAAGCAUGGUCGAAUCCCGCAAUUCUGGCCGAGCUUGGACGUGCACUGCGCGACUCCAACUCUUCCGAGUGGACAGAGGUACCUUCGCAUCUCUCUGCGUUUCUUACCAAGUUUGGUCAGCCCGACGGCGUACGGCUGCCGCCCCGGAACCACAUUCCCUCCUGGCUUUGGCCAGCGCCGAAUAUGCUUUCGGUCCUAGCAGAUCCAUACGCAUGGGCAGCCUCUUCCCAUCCUCCUCACCUUUCCAAUGGCCACGUUCAACAUUCACACAGCUCAGCCAGCAGCACCUCUAAUGAACCCUCCAUGUCUAGGAAUCCUUCGUACACAACAGCGCUCAACGGCUCAUGCGACACCAAUGUUGGUGUCGCCUCGCGAACCUCUCCGCAUCCGCCGAUCCAUCCGCGUUUGCGACGCGAUCGCCAGCUGCCCAUCCACCAUCCGACCUUAAAGCUCCAUUUUGACAUAGACCCAGAUCUACCUCCCGAGCCCGUCUUUCUGCUCUCAUCCGCUUCGGCAUCUUCGGCAUCUACUGCAUCUUCGCAGCGACCCUCAACACCAUCACGUUCCCUGCACAUGCAUUCUCGCACCUCGUCACACAACAGCAAUGCAAGCUGGCACACACCGCCACAUUCGCGGCCUACAAGUCGUGCGGGCCGACCGUCUACCAACAGCUCGCAAUUGCAUGCCGGUAGGUCUGCAUCUCUGAUGCCGGAUGAGGACAGAGCAGGCACAGCCGGCCAAGCGCGCAGAGCCGCGAGUACUGCUCGUGGCAUCACAUCUUCAUUGAUCAGUCCGAGCCCGACAUCUACACGCUUACAGGCACCGACAAGUGUGAUUCCUUGUGUGGCGGCAUUCCUUGAAGACCAAGUGCAAGGUCACGAUGCAGUCGGGUCUGCUUUGCUUAGCCACCAGCAACACGAUUCGCCAACUCGACGCGCACGCUCCAAUCUCGCGCAAGAAAGUCGGCUGUACCUACGUACCGCGAAUGAGACACCGCAAGAGUCUGGACGAGACUCGGAUAGCACGCAGCGAACGCCGACGAGCACCAUCUUGCCCGAUGCAGACACCGAGGAAGUGGACGUGAGCACGCCUCGAGCCAGACCGACCACGUCUAGCAACUACAAGAUCGGCAUCGCCGGCACCAUCUUCCACCAUGACGAUGACAUUACGGACAAUGAGGCGGAACAUGCGGGGUGCAGUCAAACACAGGCUGUCCGGAGACACGAUGCGGAAAGGGCGAGGAUAACUGUGCCGUUGGAGCAGCGACGGAGACGGCUGGUGUUGGAUGACGCCGGAGAGCAGACACCGACUAAAGCGAAUGGCUUGGCGCAAACCUCUUGGCAUGUUGCCGGUCAGCGCACCGCGGAUGUAUUGUCAGAGCGCAUAGCUGCCAUGGCCGCACACCAAGCAACGCGCAAUUUCACUUCAUCCGAUUCGGCAUUAUCAAAAGACUCUUCGCUUUCAGAAACCGUAUACAGCGCUCACAGCUCCAUCGAUGGGCACAGACCAGUCUACAUCGUCCAGUCUCCGACCUCCAACGAACCAGACGACGAUCGCGCUUCAGCAUCGCAAACCACCCGCACCGCCUACCCAGAUAAACAAGUCAGUCAGGCGAACCACACGCAGCGAGCUCGCACAGAAGCAACACAGCAAGACGAUCAGGAGCAAGACGAUCAGGAGCAAGACAAUGCAGAACACGAGGACGUGGACGUGCAGGAGCAAGACGACGAGGAAGAUGAGGAGGAAGACGAAGACGACGAGGAGGAGGAGGAGGAAGACGACGAGGAGGAGGAAGAUGAGGAAGACGAGGAGGAAGAUGAGGAGGACGACGAAGAAGACGAAGAAGACGAGGACGACGAGGACGAUCUCGCUUUGCAGGCUCUGGAUCUGGAAGGAUACUGA